GGCAGCUGUCAACUUGAACUCGAUUGUGCUCAAGGACCCAUUUUUGUGAAAAGGUGAAAAACAGAAAACCCUCAGACUUGAAAAGAAAACAUGAUAAAAAUGCGUAAAAAAUUGGUCAGAGCCUACACACAAACUGACAGGAACAAAUGUGGACACAAUCAUCUUGAUUAUCUCCAAUUAUCAACAGCUGAUCUUGUUUUCUAACGUCUUUUUUUAAAAUUUGUUUUACUUUUCCUUCUUUCCCCCCCAUUUAAAUGUGUCAAUGGCGAUUUGCCCUGCUACCAGCCUAGAUUUUGUUUUCUUACCCCUAUUUUUUUCAUUUUUUGAUGAUUUAUUUAUUUUUACAUAACUUAAUUUACCUACACUAGUACUCGACUAACUAAAGUUAAACAGGUGCUUCUCCAGGUUAAAGAGAAACGCUACUCAAGAAAAGAAUGACAUUUUUCCGAUCUUCUAAUAAAAAUAUAUUGCACAAAUCUGAAAUAAAUAGUCUUCAUGUCUUACACGACAUUAUCUAUCUGUAUUUAAACCUUGUCAGCUGCCGUCUGCUUACCGGUGAAUACAUAAAUUUACAGCAUAAUGCACAGUAAUGCACUACUCGGAUUGCAGUGUUAAAGAUUUCACUGGGUUCCUCGGUGGCUGUCUGGCGGGCUGGGUCAGGCAGCAGCUCGGACACCUCCGGGCGGAUGUGUCCGGUCAGACCUCCAUGGAUGGAUGUAGCCUGUCAGGGACGAAGCUGAGCGGCUAGCCUGAUUUUAGGACGCAAACAGACCACUAGCAGCGGCAGCAGCAGGAUGAGCUCGGAUGGGGGCGGGCGGCCCGUCAAAGUGGGCUCCCUGGUGGAGGUGAUCGGGAAGGGGCAGCGCGGCACGGUGGCAUACAUUGGCAACACACUCUUUGCCUCCGGGAAAUGGGUGGGAGUCAUCCUGGAUGAGGCCAAGGGCAAGAAUGACGGCACGGUGCAGGGCAAGCGCUACUUCACCUGUGAGGAGAAUCAUGGGAUUUUUGUGAGACAGUCACAGAUCCAGCUGGUGGAUGAUGGAGCAGAUACAACGUCCCCGGAGACACCUGAGCCUGGCACGGGCAAAGUUCCCAAACGAGAGAUCCUGGAGACGCCCAGGUCCACCAAACUGACCACGGCCAGAAGGCCCAAGCAGCCCAGUCGGCCUACAGGCGCCGGUGGGAAGGGGGCUGCAUCCGGCUCGGCCUCAGCAUCGGCGGGAGAGAUGAGCAGCAGCGAACCCAGCACCCCGGCCCAGACCCCCUUGGCUGCUCCAGUCAUCCCCACCCUCCCCUCUCCUGGAAAACCUCCGGCCCCCGUCCCCAGCAAGGAGGAUGUCACUAUGGAAAAACAGGAGGAGGAGGCUCUCCGCGCUCAGGUGAAGGACCUGGAGGAGAAGCUGGAGACGCUGAAGAUGAAGCGGACGGAGGACAAAGCCAAGCUGAAGGAGCUGGAGAAGCACAAGAUCCAGCUGGAGCAGCUGCAGGAGUGGAGGACCAAGAUGCAGGAGCAGCAGGCCGAGCUGCAGAAACAACUCAAAGAGGCCAAAAGGGAGGCUAAAGAGGCCAUGGAGGCGAAGGAGCGGUACAUGGAGGAGAUGUCGGACACUGCGGAUGCGAUCGAAAUGGCCACGCUGGAUAAGGAGAUGGCUGAGGAGAGAGCUGAGUCUCUGCAGCUGGAAGUCGACUCCCUCAAGGAGAGAGUGGACGAGCUCACCAUGGACCUGGAGAUCCUCAAGCAUGAGAUUGAGGAGAAAGGUUCGGACGGUGCCGCCUCCAGUUAUCACGUGAAACAGCUGGAAGAGCAGAACGGCAGACUGAAAGAAGCACUGGUCAGGAUGCGGGAUCUGUCGGCAUCAGAGAAGCAGGAACAUGUGAAGCUGCAGAAGCAGAUGGAGAAGAAGAACGUGGAGCUGGACUCCCUGAGGAGCCAGAAAGAAAAACUGCAGGAAGAGAUGACGGUGGCAGAAAAGACCAUCGACGAGCUGAAAGAGCAGGUGGAUGCAGCCUUGGGGGCGGAAGAGAUGGUGGAGACUCUGACGGAAAGAAACCUGGACCUGGAGGAGAAAGUCAGGGAGCUCCGAGAGACGGUCACUGACCUGGAAGCUAUCAAUGAGAUGAACGACGAGCUGCAGGAGAACGCCAGAGAGACGGAGUUGGAGCUGCGGGAGAUGUUGGAUCUGGGCGCAGCGAGAGUCCGAGAGUCCGAAAAAAGAGUUGAAGCCGCUCAGGAAACUGUAGCUGAUUACCAGCAGACCAUCAAGAAGUACCGCGAGCUCACAGCCCACCUACAGGAGGUGAACAGAGAGCUGACCAGCCAGCAGGAAGCUUCAGCAGAGCUGCAGCAGCAGCCGCCAGCAGAGAUGUUUGAUUUCAAGAUCAAGUUUGCAGAGACGAAGGCCUACGCCAAGGCCAUUGAGAUGGAGCUGAGGAAGAUGGAGGUGGGUCAGGCCAACAGACACGUUUCUCUUCUGACCUCCUUCAUGCCCGAGUCCUUCCUUCGUCACGGAGGAGACCACGACUGCAUCCUGGUGCUGCUGCUCAUCCCCAGGCUCAUCUGCAAGGCCGAGCUGAUCAGCAGACAGGCCCAGGAGAAGUUUGACCUGAAUGAGAACUGUGUGGAGCGAGCGGGACUAAAAGGAGCCGUCGGGGAGCAGCUGAGCUUCGCCGCCGGUUUGGUCUACUCGCUCAGUCUGCUGCAGGCCACUCACCACAAAUACGAACAGGCUCUGGCUCAGUGCAGCGUGGACGUCUACAAGAAGAUCGGCUCUCUGUAUCCGGAGAUGAGCGUCCACGAACGUUCGCUGGAUUUCCUCAUCGACCUGCUGCACAAAGACCAGCUGGACGAGACCGUCAACGUGGAGCCGCUCACCAAGGCCAUUAAAUACUAUCAGCACCUGUACAGUAUCCAUCUGGCAGAUCAGAAUGAGGACUGCACCGUGCAGCUUGCUGAUCACAUCAGAUUUACCCAGAGUGCCUUGGACUGUAUGGCUGUGGAGGUCGGUCGUCUGCGGGCGUUCCUGCAUGCGGGUCAGGAGAAGGCCGACCUCGCUGUGCUGCUGAAAGACCUGGAGACGUCCUGCAGUGACAUACGGCAGUUCUGCAAGAAGAUCCGCCGCAGGAUGCCGGGAACUGACGCGCCCGGCAUCCCGGCGGCACUCACCUUUGGGCAACAGGUGUCCGACACCCUCUCAGACUGCAGGAAACACCUGACCUGGGUGGUGGCGGUGCUGCAGGAAGUGGCAGCAGCCGGAGCUCAGAUGAUGUCGCCUCUCGGCGAACAGGAUGGGCUGUCAGCCGUCAAACUGGAGGAUGUGGCGUUCAAGGCAGGAGAACAGAUCUAUGGAUCUCAGGGCGCCAACCCCUACGAGUGUCUGCGACAGUCCUGUGGUAUCGUCAUCGCAACCAUGAAUAAGAUGGCCACCGCUAUGCAGGAGGGAGAGUAUGACUCAGAGAAGCCUCAAAACAAGAACCCCCCGCCUGUCGACGUGCGAGCGGCGGCUCUCCGAGCAGAAAUCACAGAUGCAGAGGGUCUCGGCCUGAAGCUGGAGGACAGAGAAACUGUCAUCAAAGAGCUGAAGAAGUCCCUCAAGAUCAAGGGAGAGGAGCUGAGCGAGGCGAACGUCCGUCUCAGUCUGCUGGAGAAGAAACUCGACAGCUCAUCCAAAGAUGCAGACGAACGUGUUGAGAAGAUCCAGACUCGACUGGACGAGGCCCAGACCCUGCUGAAGAAGAAGGAGAAGGAGUUUGAGGAGACGAUGGACGCUCUGCAGGCCGACAUCGACCAGCUGGAGUCGGAGAAAGCCGAGCUGAAGCAGCGAAUCAACAGCCAGUCGAAGAUGACCAUCGACGGGCAUAGAGGAACCGGCCCGUCGGGAAUCGCUUCCAUCGUCACAGGAAUCGCAGGAGCGAACCUCAUGCCCGGUGUCGGCUCAGGUUCAGGAGUCCAGGUGAUCGACUCUCCUCUGCUGACGCAGCAGAUCGAAGCUCAGAGACUCUGCAUCAAACAGCUGAAGAACGAGAACAACAGGCUGAAGGCUGAGAGGAUGCGCGCUCAGCUCGCCUCCCUGCCUCCUCUCCACAUGACCAAGCUUCCCUCCAGUGACGGAGGACGGCCCGAAGUGCUCUCUACCGCGCUCUACCGCAAGACCGACCAGCUCCUGGAGACGCUGCUGCAGAUGAGUGCAAACGUCAAGGUGGUGGACAUCACCGGGAAAUCUCCAGUGACACCUAGUGCUCAGCUCCUGGAACAGACGGCUAGACUACAAUCCCUGAGUGACACUCUGGACAGACUGAAGGACGAAGUAGCAGAGCACGUCGUCAACCAUCAGCCCGGAGCCCGGGUCUCGUCCGACUUCGCCACGUUCCCUUCGACAUCGUUCGUGAAGGUGAAGGAGGAGAAGCAGGGCGACACGGUGCUGGUGGGUCGGGUCAUGGUGCCGUGUCCCCGCGGUCACGAGCAGGUCCACCGCCUCGUCCUGUCACAGUCUCAGCUGCAGAGGGUUCACAGUCUGCUGCGGACUUAGACUUCACCUGCCCCGCGAUCCUGCCUGCUGCACCAACACCCCGCCCCCGCCCCCGAACAUCAGCUUUGUCUCCACUCCAGGGCCAAAACAAGUCAAACCAGGAGGUACUCAAAGUCACCAGUGGUGAGAGUUCGACCUGCAGGAAAAGACCUUCCUCUUCUUUGAGAUGCAAGUUGAUCACGGACCGUCAGGGCUGUAAUCUGAGACCAGGCUCGUCUCAGGAUCACUCCCGAUUUUGGAUAUCGAGGACAUCUUGGUCUCGAGCCUGUUUUGACACUGCCCUGUCUUGGUCUCAACCAAUUUGGGUGAGGACUACGAUUAGGGACAAAAUGGUUGGUGGAUUAAUCGAUUAGUCAACCUACAGAGAAUUUAUUGGUGGUUAUUUUGAUGAUUUAUUCAGACUUCCGAUCUUUCACUGAUUGCUGCUUCUCUCUCCGUCAUGUGACAGUAAUCUGAAGAUGCCACUGUAGACUGCAGGAAAUUCUAACGGGAAUUUUUUUUUAACUAUCUUCUAACAUUUUAUCAACAAAACAAUUGAUCAAGAGAAUAAUCAGGAGAUUCAUUCUUGAUUAAAAAACAUUCACUGCUUGUAGGCCUAACUACAGUUGUUAAUUUCUU